UCUGUCGUCACCUUCCACAGGGCAUCUUUUCAAAGAUCUAAAUCUCUGGGUUUCACUUUCCCUCAAAGAACAACCUUUCUUCAAUCUGAUUUAUCAUCGCAAACUUGUUGUUCUUUGAGUUUUGUCGAUGGAAAUCGAAUCUGAAACCAUUAAUAAUGCUGAUGAUUUAGGACCAUUUGCUCGUGCAUGGCAAUGGUUCAAGGGCUUGCCUGAGAUGUUGUGGACUCAGGUAGUUGACGUGGCCACCAAGGCAAAGAAACUUGGGAAAGAUGAUCCCAGAAGAAUAGUUCAUUCAUUUAAAGUAGGACUUACCAUAACUUUGGUGUCCUUGUUCUACUACUGUGACCCUCUCUAUGAUGGUUUUGGUGUCUCUGCAAUGUGGGCUGUUCUUACUGUUGUUGUUGUCUUUGACUUCUCUGUGGGUGCAACACUUGGAAGGGGUGUAAAUAGGGGUUUUGCAACACUGCUUGCUGGUACUCUUGGCGUUGGAGCUCAUCGAAUUGCUAGUUUUUCUGGAGAAAUAUGUGAGCCCAUACUACUUGGGCUUUUCGUCUUCAUACUAGCUGCAGUAGUGACAUUCAUAAGAUUUUUUCCAAGAAUGAAAGCAAGAUACGAUUAUGGGCUGCUGAUAUUUAUAUUAACAUUCUGUUUAAUAUCAGUAUCUGGUUAUAGAGAUGAUGAGGUGUUAGAGAUGGCCCACAGGAGGCUAUCCACCAUACUCAUCGGUGGUGCCAGCGUUGUGAUUGUAUGUGUAUGCAUUUGUCCAGUGUGGGCUGGUGAUGAUCUUCACAAUUUGGUUGCUUCUAACUUGGAAAAGCUUGGGACCUUCCUUGAAGGAUUUGGAAGUGAAUACUUCAAAAAGCAGAGCAAUGGAGAAUCCAAGGAUGACAAAGCACUUCUGCAGGGAUAUAAAAGUGUUUUGAAUUCAAAAAGCACUGAAGAAUCCUGGGCUAAUUUUGCAAAAUGGGAGCCGAGGCAUGGCAAAUUCAAGUACAGACAUCCAUGGGAGAAAUACCUGAGAAUAGGAUCUUUGACAAGGCAAUGUGCCUGCCGUAUUGAUGCUCUCAACACCUACCUUGAUUCUGAUCUCAAGGCAUGUCCAGAGAUGCAAGCAAAAAUUGAAGAGUCCAGCACAAAGUUGAGCACAGAGUGUAGCUAUGCUUUAAAGGAAUUAGCCCUAUCAGUCAAAACAAUGACCAUGCCAUCCACUGCCAAUUCCCACAUGGCAAACUCAAAAAUUAUUGCAAAAACCCUCAAAUCCUUGCUCGAAACAGGCUCAUGGCGGGGCGCUGACCUUCUACAUAUCAUCCCCGCUGCCACUGUAGCUUCGCUGCUCAUUGAUGUUGCUACUUGCACUGAGAAAAUUGCUGAAUCUGUUAAUGAACUCGCUUCUCUAGCGAAAUUCAAUAGUGUUGACGAUGUAGUAACGAAGGAACCACCCCCAUUGACUAGCAAAGAAAUGUUGCGGCCGUGUUCGAGUAUAGAAGAACCACCCCAUCAUGUUGUUACAAUUCAAAGCCCAGGAGAAUGAAAUAGUGAAUACCAAAUAGUUCUUAGCCAAUAUGUAAUGCUCAAGUUGUACAUUUCAUUUUCAAUUGUACAACAUGGAGUAAUAGGGAAAUUGAGUUUCAACUUA